AUGCUCUCAAUUGGUCUUCUUCUUCUCUCAGCUGCAGUUCAGAUCCAUGGCCGUUCUGUUGGCAAGUAUGCACGGGUUGUCGGACCCGAGACAGCUGCAGCAAAUACUUACGACUUUAUAAUUGCUGGCGGAGGAAUCGCAGGCCUCACAGUUGCUGACCGUCUCACAGAAGACCCAGACACAACUGUCCUCGUCGUCGAGUAUGGCCCGUUUGAUAAUGGAGAAGACUCCGUCCUGGUGCCAGGGCUUUACAACCCCGGGCCCUACCUUUGGCCAGUUUUCUUUAGUGCUCCACAGCCUGGUCUGAACAAUGGUUCAUUUCCUGUUCUGAUGGGAGGCGUGGUUGGUGGUGGAUCAACCGUGAAUGCCAUGUUUUUCCAUCGAGGUUCAACUGAGGAUUAUGCAUCCUGGGAGGCGUUAGGUAGUACGGGCUGGGGGUGGAAUGAUUUGCUACCCUAUUUCAAGAAGAGUGAAAAUUUCACGCAGCCAAAUGCCCAAUUUGCCCAAGCACGCAACAUAUCCUGGCAAAAUGAAGUGCACGGCUCCAGUGGGCCAGUCCAGGCUAGCUACUCUCCAUAUGAUUACGAAUCUGGUGGGAACUUCUGGAACGGAGCUGCCAGCCUCGGAAUAUCAGCAGCCAAAGAUUCCAACAAUGGCGAUCCUACCGGUAUCUUCUGGCUCCUCCGUGUGCUUGACCCAACCAAGGGGUCACGCUCUUAUGCGCGUACUGCACAUUACGAUAGAGUUAUCAACUCGCGUCCAAAUUACCACCUCCUCCCUGAGAAUGCUGUGAGCAAGGUUGUGUUUAAAGGGAAGCAGGCUGUUGGGAUUGAAUAUGUGACCCGGAGCACUGGAGUAAAAUAUACUGCUUCUGCGAAAAAGGAGGUGAUUAUGGCUGCCGGGUCUGUUCACUCGCCUCAGAUCCUUCAGCUGUCAGGCGUGGGGCCCAAGCCGCUCCUUGAUGGUCUGGGAAUCCCUGUUGUAGUUGAUCUUCCGGGCGUUGGCCAAAAUUUCCAAGAUCAACUGAGUCUCGCGAUCAAUUAUAAUUUUACCUCAAAUCAUGAGCCCAAUGGUGGAUCACUGAACUCAAAUGCUACCUAUGAUGCAGAGCAGCAUGCACUCUACAAGUCCACCCACCAGGGUGCAUAUACUCUCAUUCGCACCACAGGAAACCAAAACAUUGCACUCCCACUCAGAAACACCACGACGUCAUACAGUUCAAUCAUCAGUGCCGCCCGCGCGAGGGACCCAGCUUCUGUUCUCCCACCAAACACCCAUCCAACCGUUCUCAAAGGUUACAAGGCACAGCGCGACCGUCUACUCAAACAGUUCAACUCCUUCCACUCCCCAAUUGGCAGCCUUUCGUGGAAUACUGGACCCGCAACAACACUUUAUAUGCUGCACCCCCUCAGUCGAGGCACCAUCGCAAUUUCCUCCACGGAUCCGCUCGCGAAUCCCGUCGUCGACUUCCGCUCACUAAGUGACCCAACGGAUCUUGAUAACGUACUUGCUCUGCUCCGCAAAAAUCGAGACAUCAUGUCAACCCCAUCAAUGCUAGCACUCGGCCCGACUGAAAUCGCCCCUACCGGAGGCUUCACAACUGAUGAGGAGUUGAAGGCAGUUCUCAGAGCGUCGACCCAACCUUCCAAUGGACACGAGUGUUGCUCACUCCCCAUGAUGAAAUUGGAGUACGGGGGCGUGGUAGAUCCCAGCUUGCAGGUUUAUGGAGUGAAGGGUUUGAGUGUGGUUGAUCUCAGCAUUUUCCCUUUCGAGCUUGGAACUGCUCCUUCUGCUACUGUUUAUGCCGUUGGAGAGAAGGUAGGUAGCUUGGCUAGGGUCUGUGCGAAUGUCGCCCAGGUCGCGUCAAUUCGCGACACCCCUCUGUUUCACGGGGUGCAGAGCACCACCAGCUCCCUCGCCAUUGAAACAAUUGAUCCCCAAGUUAAGAGUAAGCUGUCCAUCCUCGCGCUGCACUUCAUUCCUCUUCUCGAUAAACCCUUCGUUCAGAGUCCUGAAUUCUGCAAGAUGUUCGCCAAACUCACAACCAAGAUAGCUCUCCGGAAGGCUGGAAUCCGUUCCGACACCUUCUCCUUUCCUGAAUCCAAGCCGGGCUCCAACGACGAGCCUUCUACAGCCCUUCCAAUCGCAAACCCCUUUGCGAAUCUGUCGGUCCCAAAAUCAUGGCAAUCUUGGAGCACACCACCACCGCCGCCAGUUGAGGUGGCGCCCGCGCCUGUAAUUGGCACACGAUCUCCAUCAUCCCCGUUACUGCGAUUGCCAGUGGCAGACGGCAGACCUACCGUCGUUGUGUUCCUAAGACAUUGUGGUUGUUCAUUCGCCGAGAAGACAUUCCUUGAACUGCGCAGGCUGGCCAACAAAUACCCCCGGCUUCAAUUUAUCGCCGUAUCCCACAGCUCCCAACAAGCAACCGACAAGUGGGUGAAAGCCCUCGGAGGAGCAUGGUCGGUUUCCGUAGUGGUCGAUGAGGAACGGGAGAUCUACGCGCUCUGGGGAUUGGGCAUCAGCAACACCUACCAUCUGCUAAACCCAUGGACGCAGGUGGCGCGGAACAAAUUGGGCAAAGAAGAAGGAAUAUGGGGGAGAGAAGUCGAUCCGAGCGGGAAUCGUUGGCAGAUUGGUGGGGGCUGGGCGAUGGAUGAAUUAGGAACCGUCAGAUGGGGUGCGGCAUCGAAGACGGCAGACGACAUUCCAAACUUGGUGGAAGCUUGUAAGACAUUAGGUGCUAUGUAA